AUGACACAAUUAACUCUACAUACAGUUUCAACUUUUACAGAAGUUCAUCCAAUGCUGACUCAUUUUGAAAUGAUUAUAACGACGAAGGCUCUUAGAACUUCUGAUCCAAAAUUUUUUAAGCAUAAAGGACCACCUUUAAAUAACUUGGACACAAGCCUAAACUCAAACUUAAAAAGGAGAAGUAGAAGAAUAGUGAAUUGA